AGUGAUUGAAGAGGGCCGGCAGCGGUGCGACGUGCGCGAGGCUCUGCUCAGCUCUUCCCAGCCCGCACCUGCACCGCGACGGCCCCGCUGUCCUGCCUGUCGCCGCUGCCCGUCAUGCUCGCGGCAAUGAUCUACGCGCUGUUCUUCUUGCUCGCCGCCGUCCACGCUGUUCCCCUGAGACGCGACGUGCACGAACGCGACGUGAUCAGCCCGCCGAUUACGAGUCCUGAUGCCAGCACGGUGUGGAAUGUAGGCGAGACGGUGACAGUGACUUGGAACCUGUCCGCUCUGCCACCGGACGUCAAUGUCACCGGAGCCAUAGGGAAGGUGGUGCUGGGUUACAGCACUUGGGACAGUGAGAAUCUGAUGAUUGAUAGUCCGCUGGCGCAGAGCUUCUUGCUCAGCGCCGGCCAGGUUUCAUUCACGGUGCCUUCUGUACCUACACGCACCAACUACAUCGUGGAUCUGUUCGGUGAUUCCGGAAACAUCAGCCCGAACUUCACUAUUAUUGGCACCUCGGACUCUUCAAGCGCUACUUCGACAGCGGCCACAUCUACUUCCGUAGCCGUGUCUGAAACGACCUCCGAGUCUGUUUCUGUGAUUGUCACGACUGAACUGUCGACGGCAGUGACUACCAUGCCGUCCAACACCGGCACUGCGUCAUCCGCGUACACGCCGUCUACUGCUGCGAGCGUGGAAACCUCUGCAUCCGGAUUCCCCGCAUCUUCUGCGGCUUCCGUGCCUACUGCAUCCGCGGCGUCCUCGGUCGCAGCUCCUACGUCCUCCUCAAGCUCGAUCUCCGCCGCGAGCGAUAACAGUGACACCAGUGGAGCGAUGUCGCUCAUGGGCUCAAGCUUCUUCCAUCCCUCGCUCGCAGCCGUCAUCGCGACCCUGUCCUUCAUCAUGCUGUGAUGAGGCUAGGCUACGCUGAUGGUUCGACCCCGAUGCCGAACCCGAGGAAGACAUGUAUAUGCUCAUGAUGUAGGGGGAGUUAUGACAGAGAAGUGGUUAUGAAUCUACGAUACGCCUUAGUUUUGAAUAGUCGAUGUCCGUCUGAGAUACCCUCGGACUACAUGCGUCUGCGUCAUGUUGACUGGCUGAACGCUGCUCGUCUGUAGUUAUGCUUGCGUUCCAUGUACUGUAACACUUUACGAUUCUUACGUCGAUAUGUUUGUUCUUCGCUUUCAAA